AUGGCUGGUUCUGUUGCUUGUUAUGUAUGUGAUCGAGAAUAUUCAGCAAGGAAGCAUUUGAAUGUUCAUUUGAGAAAUGUGCAUAAAAUUCAGCCAGGUGAAGAAGGUAUGAUAAAGUGCUCAAAAAGUGACUGCAGCUUUAAAUGCAGUUUUUUGGCUAAGUUGCGCCUACAUGUGGAGCAGGAGCACAUGGUUGAGAUGGUAAAAGAAAUUAGUGAAUUUCAAACAAAGGACAACUUUAUGAAGUGGAAGUCUGAGGAGGAGAGAAAAACAAAAAGUAGUUUUGUCUCUAGUUAUGGCACUAAGCGUUUAAAGGAUGGCACUGCAAAAACCACCUUUGUAUGCCACAGAAGUGGCACAUUUUCUUCGAAGUCAGGUGGCAAAAGGUUGUGUAAGUCCCAGGGCACUUGCAAGAUGGGAAACCAUUGCGUUGCUGCCAUAGAGCUUCACGAAGAAGAAAGUGGAAUCUGUAGUGUCAUUUACUACAGAACACAUUUCGGCCACAACCAGAACAUUGCUUUUCUGCAUCUCAGUGGUUCGGAUAGAGAAGCCAUCGCUGGUAAAAUUGCUGAGGGGGUCACUUUCCAGAGAAUUCUGGAUGAUGUGCGGGACUCAGUUCAUUCCAGCGGAAUGGAGAGGCUGCAUCUCCUGACUCGGCAUGACCUUCAUAACAUUAAGAGAGACUUCGCCAUUGGUGAUGAUCAGCAGCAUAACAUUGAUGAAGUCAGUGUUAGUAUGUGGCUGGAGAAAAUGAAAGACUGUGUUCUCCUCUAUAAGAAAGAAGGCGAGGCCAGGGAAGAUGUUGAUAGGACUGACUCGGUGACAGUGUUAAUGACUGACUACCAGAAGCAGUUAUUACAGAGAUUUGGACAAAAUAUUGUAUGUGUAGACUCCACACAUUGUACAAAUGUUUACAAACUGUUGGUGACCACAUUGUUAGUGGUAGAUGAUUUUGGUUCAGGUAUGCCAGUAGCAUUCUGUGUUUCAAAUCUGGAGACUACUUCCAUAAUGACUCAUUUCUUUAUUGCUGUGAAAGAGCUGGCGUCUUAAAAACAUCUGUAUUCAUGUCCGACGACACUAAUACUUUCUGUGGUGCAUGGUCACGAGUCAUGGGACCUGCA